AUGCCUUCCAAGCGCAGAAACAACGGACGCGGCAAGAAGAACUGUGGACACAUUCGAAACGUCCGCUGUGUCAAUUGCGGCCGCUGCGUCCCCAAGGACAAGGCCAUCAAGCGCUACAAUGUCAGAAACAUCGUAGACGCCUCUUCUAGGAAGGACAUCAAGGAGAACAGCAUCUUCGAAAACUACAACUUGCCCAAGUUGUACAUUCAGCAGAUCUACUGCAUUUCUUGCGGUAUCCACUCCAGAAUUGUCCGUUCUCGCUCUCGCGCGGACAGAAAGAUUAGGUACAGCCCUUCUAAGUCUAUGGUCACUCGUCCCGUUCGCGCCUAG